AAAGUCCCCCAAUUUCUUUGGUGCCGCUAGAGACAUACUCCAUAUAAUUUUAAAUAAAAGCUUUCACAAACUUGAAGCAUCAGGUGCGGCUUCAGACAAAUAUUAUCCAACACCAAGAAAAAGUAGAAAGCUUUCGUACAACUUUUUGCCAAGAUGAGUACCAUGAAGUUUUGUCGUGAAUGCAAUAACAUUUUGUAUCCAAAAGAAGAUAAAGAUCAGAAGAUCCUUCUUUAUGCUUGCAGAAACUGUGAUCAUCAGGAGGUUGCAGAUAACAACUGUGUAUACAGAAACGAAAUACACCAUGCUGUUGGGGAGCGAACUCAAGUUUUGCAGGAUGUGGCUGCGGAUCCCACUCUUCCGCGUACCAAAUCAGUUCGGUGCGCUCAAUGUGGUCAUGGAGAGGCUGUUUUCUUCCAGGCAACUGCUAGAGGGGAAGAAGGUAUGACAUUGUUCUUUGUUUGCUGCAACCCAAACUGUGGCCAUCGAUGGAGGGAUUAAGAGCUCACUCAUCUAAGUGAAAGAUGAAACUUCUUAUGGCUUUUUAGGACUAAACUUGUGACUGGUAACUGAAACCCGUGGAAAUGUGGAUUCUAAUGAGUGUAUUUCUUUUAACUGUCAUCUUGAAUGAUGAUUAGUAAUGUGAGUGUGGGUCACUUUAACUGUGAAAUCAGAUUUGAUAACAUGUGGUUUAUGAUUUGGUCGAA